CAAACUUCCCUAUCGCGGGGCCAUGACACAGAAUUCCCGCGUUGACAUUGAGACGCUAAGUUUGUGAUCGAUGUGUUUUAAAUAAGUUUUCGGGCUCUCUAUGUUAGUAAGGCUUUAAAAUGAACGAAAUAGUGUCCCAAGUGCAAAGCGGGAGCUUUGAUCUCAUUGAAUUAUUUAACGAAAGAACAAAUGAGAUUGCUGAGAUAAAGGCUGCGGUUAAGAGGCUAACAAGUACUCUACCUAGAGAUAAGUGCAUUGAUGUUUUCGUAACGAAACUUGUACCGGCUAUGUUUGCCAAAAAUGUAGAUGACUGGAUUAGAGACGAGCUGAUUGAGCUUGGCUCUCAUUUCGUCCAGUUUGUUACUGUUUCCACGUUAGAUACCAAAGACCAAGAGGAAGUCUUCGCUGCGAUUGACAACACGUACAUUAAAGUUGUCGGCCAGUUGCGAGACAGUAACUACCCGCAUUGGGACCAACUGUGGGAGUUUUUGAUUAAGUUAAGCAACGAGAAGCUCCACUCGAGGCAAGGCACCGGUAACAAACUGCUGAAAGAGGUGGAGGUUGCGUUCCGAAACUCCUCCUCAACCGAGCAGAGACUGAAAGCGUACGACUGUUGGAAGGAAUUGAUAAACAACAGUAGCCUAAACAUGGAGUACAUGUGCAGCGCCAAACAGCUCAAAUUACUGGUGACCCCCAUGAAGGCCAAAUUUUCGAGAACCCCAACCGUUAUCAUAAAGCGUUGCGACACCUACAUCUAUUUGUUGGAGAAGUUGCAAGACAAGGCCACUUUAUGUCUGAAGGAGUUUCUAGAGUUUUGCUUUGGACCGUUUGAUGAGAAAAAUGACUCGGAACGGACGAGGCAAGGGAGGAGCGUCCCGGAAGUUUGCUGCAAAAGUACCAAAGUUUUGCUUGAGAUUAUUGGCCACUCGCACGAUCCCGCGGCAAAGUGCCUGAAAAGUGACGAGUUCCAGCUGUUCAAGCCUUUAAUCACGAAUGAGAAUUUUCCCAGUUUUGCCGAAAUUUUAAUAAAUUCUGUCAUGGAAUGCUGUACUUUGCUUCAUCACUGUCAGCAGAACAAGAUCAUCAAUCGUGUUAUUAUUCAGUGCCUUUGGCAGUCACUUCUUCGGCUGAUUCACCAGAGUAGCGACGAAGUUAAGAAGAAAUGUUGCGCCCAAAUCAAUAGUCUAUUAAACAAAGUGCUGAGGCACUCCGGUCAGAGCGAAUUCUUAUACCUGGUGCUAGGGAACAUAGUGGAGUUGCUAGUCCGUGACAAGCUCGUGGACGAGUUCAAAGACAUUGUGUUCGCAAUUGCGGUGCAUCUGCUCUGGAUGAUCAAUUUUCAGACUUGCGCUUUUUUGGAAUUCUACAUUUUGAAAUUCGUCAACUCCUGCCUGGACUCGGACAACUCCAGCAGAUUUCACAAACUCGUCUCGAAUUAUUUCAAAAACAACUCCGAAUGCCAAAACCCGAACCAACUGAGCAGUGUUUGGUGCAAGUGUAAUAUUUCAGUCACACCGGAGAAUUCCCGUUCGUUAACGUGGCCCGUCCGUUAUCUCCACGAGCUGAAAGACUCAAAAACCGUCACAUCCAAGUGGAUCAAAAUAUUCGUCGGUUGCAAGUCGGAAAUUAUGAAAAAUUUCGUGAUCCAAGGACUUGUGACGCUUUUCUUGGAUAAUCCGACUCUUGGCUCGAAUGUAGUGCAAUUUUUAGAACACAUUUCGGCGGCCGAAACCAACCCCAACAAAGAUUUCGUGACUAAAUUUAUGAGACUUGUUGAGUUGAUCGUCACUUCGCCCAGCUUGUCCAAGAGCGAUGUGAAAAAGCUUAGCUCGACUAUUCUGUGUUACUGCCACCAAAACUUGUACUUUUAUAAGUCUGAUGGUAACGAUGAAGCAAUUGACAAGUUGUGUAGUUGCGUGGAAAACAUUGUUACAAUUCACAAGGAAUAUUCGGUUCUGGCCGAAUUGGCCACGCAUUUGAAAAACGGCCAUACGAAAAAUUUGGAAAAGUUCGCCAAGCGUUUGAUUCCAUUCCUAGAAGCGCUCAUGUUAAAUGACGACAAUUCCAUUGCUAAUAAUACGAGAAAAUUAAUUGGGCUGUUGGAACUAAAAGAAAACGGACGGGAACCUAUGAUAUCUGCAACAAGAUCUUUGCGGAUAAUGAACAUGACGAAUGCGAGCCCAAAACUGGGGACCAAAGCCGGCAAUUUUAGGACUUCGCCCCUGGCGUCCAAAGGUAAAGGGGCUUCGCCCAAGGUCAAGAAAGAACCAGUUUUGUCCAUAAACGAAGACAAGUCUUCCGAUUAUGUCCCAAUUGACACAAAAGUCAGCCUCAAUGUGGACAAUCUCAACAAGCAUCAGAAAGAGAUGUUGAGGAGAAGACGAGAUGACAUACCUGCAUUGUAUGAAGACUUGACUCGAAGUCAAACUCCAGACAUGUUCAGGUCGAAUGAUGAAACCGAAACACAGACUUUUGAUGCUUUGGAAGAAAUUAAGGAAGAAAAGUCCUUGAAUUCGCUCGCUUCUGAAUUAAGCAGUCUGUUUGAUAGAGAGAAGAAGACUGAACCAACGCCUCCAGACACAGUGGAUAAAAAAAUAGAAUCUCGUCGUAAAACGACACCGAAAAAACUACGGGCCGAGAUUUACAACGCUGUACAAAAACAACUGGAGCAAUCGCAAACAACGGAAGUAAAUCAAAACGUCGUUCGCAGUAUUGAAGAUAAUUUCAAGGUGGUGGACGAAAGCGUCCAAAACACCGAAGAUACACCCGUUCGUAAAAGCCAGCGUGUCAACAGACGCGAACUUGAUUUCUUACCAACUACAUCCAGCACACAAAAUGAGGAAGAGAGCGUGAAAGCUGAAGUAAGUUUGGAAGAUCUGCUAGCACGAGUGGACAAAAGAGUCGAAGAUUCGCGAAAAAAUGAAGAAGUCGCCGAUGACAAUCAAAAGAAAGUCCCGGUUAUAACGAUUCAGAAAUUCGUUCAGAGUUCUGCUAGGACUCGGAAAAAUCCUAAACCGAUGAAUAAACCCAGUUUUAAGAUCAAGCUGAAGAAACGGACCGCUCUCGUCGAAAAAAAACAACAAACAAAAACCGAAAAUACUGAAAGCGUUUACGACUUUAAAGCCGACGAGGACACUCCGUCAGAUAAGGCGAAAAAUAAGGUGAAGAGAGGGAAAAGGAAGAUCUACCUAGACGGUAGCGAUUAUAGUACCAAGAAACGUAGAAGAGUAGCGAAAAAACAAGUAAGUCACGUCACGGCGGAAACAUCCCCGGACCAGAACAGUAACACUCCGACUCCGGGCCCGACAGCUAGAUGCCCAACUCCGGUUUCGACAAGUAGAUGUCCAACUCCAACUCCGGUUACGAACAAUAGGAGUUCGAGAAGAUGUCCGACACCACUUCCGACAAACAGUGCUUUAGAAAGUGAAAAUUCCGUUCCGACAAGCCCCAGUCCGGAUUCAACCAUUAAAAGUUCGGUUUCGAGGAGAAGAUGUCCGACUCCGGUUUCAAUGAUAAGUUCCGUUCCAACAACUUGUCCGGCCCCGGAGCCGAAAAACACGAGUCCGACUCCGGUUUCGACAAGUGCUGAACCCACUCCGGUUUCAACCGGUAAAAGAAGAAGAUGCCCGACUCCGGUUCAGACAACUAGUUCCACCCCGGAGCCGGCUACUGUUUUGACCAAUAAAAGUUCCGGUCUGAGAAGAAGACCUACGACUCCGGUUCCGGAUAAUAAAAAUUCUGAUCCAUCAAUUAGUCCGACUCCGGAGACGAUAAUUACCGUUCCGACUCCGGUUUCGACCAGUAAAAGUACCGGUAUAAGAAAGAGAUCUACGACUCCGGUUCCGAAUAGUGAAAACGCAAUUCCGUCAAGUGAUUCGACUCCGGAGCUGGAAAAAACCACUUCGAUAAAUACUGAUCCCACUCCGGUUUUGACCAGUAAAAGUUCCGUUUCAAAAAGAAGACCUACGACUCCGGUGCCGUCAAGUAGUUCGCUUCCGGAGCCGAAAAAUACCAGUCCGACAAAUUCUAAUCCCACUCCGGUUGCGACCAGUAAAAGUUCUGUUUUAAGAAAAAGGCCCCCGACUCCGGUUCCGCCAAUUAGUUCGGCUCCGGAGCCGGAAAAUACCAGUCCGACAAAUUCUAAUCCUACUCCGGUUGCGAGCAGUAAAAGUACCGGUUUAAAAAAGAGAUCUACGACUCCGGUUCCGAAUAGUGAAAACGCAAUUCCGUCAAGUGAUUCGACUCCGGAGCUGGAAAAAACCACUUCGAUAAAUUCUGAUGCCACUCCGGCUUUAACCAGUAAAAGUUCCGUUUCAAGAAGAAGACCUUCGACUCCGGUGCCGUCAAGUAGUUCGCUUCCGGAGCCGAAAAAUACCAGUCCGGCUCCGGGUUCUACAGCUUCUAACCCCACUCCAGUUUCGACCAAAAAAAGGUCCAUUUUAAAAAGAAGAUAUACGACUUCGGUUCCGUCAACUAGUUCGACCCCGGAGCCAAAAAACACCAGUCCGACAAAUUCUAAUCCCACUCCGGUUGUGACCAGUAAAGGUCCCGUUUUAAGAAAAAGGCCCCCGACUCCGGUUCCGCAAAUAAGUUCGGCUCCGGAUCCAGAUAAUACUAGUCCGACAAAUUCUAAUCCUACUCCGGUUGCGAGCAGUAAAAGUACCGGUUUAAGAAAGAGAUCUACGACUCCGGUUCCGAAUAGUGAAAACGCAAUUACGUCAAGUGAUUCGACUCCGGAGCUGGAAAAAACCACUUCGAUAAAUUCUGAUGCCACUCCGGCUUUGACCAGUAAAAGUUCCGUUUCAAGAAGAAGACCUACGACUCCGGUGCCGUCAAGUAGUUCGCUUCCGGAACCGAAAAAUACCAGUCCGUUUCCGGGUUCUACAAGUUCUAACCCCACUCCAGUUUCGACCAAAAAAAGUUCCAUUUUAAAAAGAAGAUUUACGACUUCGGUUCCGACAACUAGUUUGACUCCGGAGCCGGAAAAUACCAGUCCGACAAUCUCUAAUCCCACUCCGGUUGCGACCAGUAAAGGUUCCGUUUUAAGAAAAAGACCUACGACUCCGGUUCCGAAUAGUAAAAACUCCGUUUCGUCAAAUAGUUCGACUCCGGAGCCGAAAAAUACCAGUCCGACUCCAGCUCCGACAAAUUCUAGUCCGAGUCCGGUGUCGAACAGUAAAAGAAGGUGUACGACUCCGGUUCCGAAUGAUAAAAAUUCUGUUUCGCCAACUAGUCUGACCCCAGAUUCGACCAGUUCAGUUCCGACAAGUAGUAGUCCGUCUCCGCUUGGGCCAGAUGAUGUCAAAACUCUUUCAGUGAUAAUAACACCAUUGGAUCAAAAGAAAGAAUCAAAGGAAAAUACUGAAACCGGUAAAACCCAGGCCCCAUUGCACAGACGUAGUCGUAAGCAAUCUUUCGAAACUCUCAGAUGUUCCGAAGACGUGAUUGAGAGUUCGCAAGCGACUCAGAAUAACCAUUUCACGAGAUUCCAGUCUCGAUCUCGCCAAAAUCGAACUUUGAAACAACAAACGAUUGACGAAAUCCUCGCAACUCCCAACAAACCCAAGCAACUGGUCACCAUAUCGGUGAUAUUACCGAAGGAAACGCCCAAAAAAGCUCGCCAAUCGCUGCCUGAAGUCAUUACGCAAAACACCGACCCGGUCGUGCGCCUCGAGCGCAGCCAAUCGCUGGACAACUCCGAGCAAAAAACCACCGAAAUGGCCAGUGACACUGAAACACUGACCCUAGAGUCGGUUACAACCGACGAGAAAAUCCAAGACACUGACACGUUGACUUUAACCCCGGUUAAACCGCCAACCCCUGACGACUUGCCCGGAUCGCCGGUCACGUGUGACACUCCGGACCGCACCAGCGAACUGCUGAACAACACUUUGGACAUCUCCCCCAUUAGUUCCGAACAGGAGGCUCCGCCAACGCCCGCCCCGAUCCCGAACAGACGGACGGCCCGCUUGCUACGCAUGGCCAACUCGAGCCUGCAGAUCGCGAACUCGGACCGGAAAUGGUUCGGUAAAAAGCCUCCGUCGCCCAGCGUGUGCAAGAUGAAGCUGCGCAAAGAGGAGACUUUGGACCUCCUGACGUUUUCGCGGGAAGUACCGAGUCCGAUGACGGUCCCAGCCAGCGGGAUUUUGAAGCGCAAGAGCGAGGACGAUAGCGGGGCCCCCGUUGCGAAGCGCAAACGGGUGAAUUUCUCCGACCCGGCGAUCACCGAAAGGAAGAUUUUUAUCCGGGAUUCCGAAGAGUUUGAGGAUCAGAAUCAGACUGAGAAUAAUACUGAUGAAGAAGAGUCGGAAGAGAAGCCGGAAACGAGUGUUCUUGAGAUUGAAGAAUUGAUUUUAAAUUGUAAAGAGUUCUGUGAUUCUAAUUUCGAAGAUAGUGCUAAAGGCAAGCAAGCACUUAAGCUUCUUAUGCAAAAUUUGAAGGUUCCUGAUGUUGUGGACGUGAUUUCGUCCCCGUUGGUGGACUCUCUGGUUAAUGCGGUUGAUGACCGGUUGGCUACUCCGAUAAAGGAGGCGCAAAACAACGCAGUUGUUAAACAGGAAAUAACUCAAGAGCAAAUUGAAGAGCACGUUGUUAAACUUGAUUGUGAUAAUAUGAAAAAUCUUAUUAAGAAUUAUUUGACGAAUUUGGAGGACCAGGAGAGGAAUAGGUUUUUAAUUGAUUUGAUGAGUUUAGCCAGCAAUGAGCUUCCUGUCAACAAGGAGUUUGUCAAUUCUCACGCGGCUAUUUUACAGAAUUUUGUUAAGAGAAUGACUGAGUAAUUGUUAGUUAUUAGUAUUAUCACAGUUUACGUUGUAUUAUCAAUAUCUGUACCUUAUUAAAAUUUUGUAUAUCUA